CGGAUGACAGUCUAUUGCCGCAGACGAUUCUUUAGCUUGACCAACUCGAAAGAAUGGCUUUAAUGGAGAACAUUUUGAAUUCAACAGAUGCCAUGAACUUAGAUAAACUGCUACAAAGUUUUGAAUUUGAAAACAAGCAGUAUGUAAAAUUGAUUGAAAAAGAAAAUCAACAGAUUGAAGCUUAUUCUAAAAGAACUGAAGAAAGAAAGACUUCCAUAACUCACACACAGAGUGCUAUUAAUCAGCUAGAUGAUGAUACAAAACGUGCACACAAACAAUUUACCCAAAAUAGAGAUAACUGUGAGAGUUUAAGGAAAACAACCGUUGUGCUUAUGGAACACGAAGUAGCUUUGAACAAGAAGUUGAACUCUGUUUUAAUUACUACUGAAAAUGAUAGGGCCGAACGAAAUGGUGUUCUUCAACACUAUCAAAAUAUCUGGGAAGAUUAUAAGGCUACUUAUGAAACUUUCCCUUUGGCAAUCAAAUUAUAUAAGGAAAAAGAGGAAUUCUCCCAAUUAAAUAUGCAAGUGGAAGAAGCCAGAAAGCAAGCAGAUAGGCUGAAUAAACAGAUUAAGAUGGCACAAGGAAAUGACGGAGUGAAUUUUAAAAAUCUCAACAGUUUUAUAACUAAACUUGCGGGAAUGAAGCUAGAAACUACCAAACUAACCACGCAAAUAGAAAAUAAGAUCAAAGAGAAGGCAAGUCUGGAGAAAAAGCUGGAAGAAAUGAAAGCAAAGAAACAUCCGAGCGGUGUUGAAUCGAUGGAAACGGAUGGAGAUAAACCAGUAGAAACAUCAGGAAGUAGUUCCACAAUGAUAGGAAUGUAUGAUAACGAGGAAGAAGAUAUCGCAGAACUCAAUACCAAUAACAACACAGACACAGUUUCAACACAAAAUAACGUUGUUCUGAGCAUUGCUCUGUGUGACCCCAUGCAUCUUGAAAGGCAAGCAGAGCUAAUACCCCGAAGGAUACAACAGGUUAAGCCUACAAGCACAGUGUAUACUACAGGUGAAGAUGCGGUGAUGUUUACGACACAGGCUCAACCACCAGCACAAGUCCAAGCACCUAAGCUAUUUUCUGUUCCGCCAUCUAUUCAAAUAAAUCCGCUACCAGUAUUUCACCAAAGAAUGCCAACUAACCUAUCAUCCAAUGACAAGAAUGCGACUCUGCCAAAAACAUCCACAACUCAACUAAGAAUCAAUAACAAACUUAGACUUCCUACCCCACAAGUCACGACACCUUCAACAAAACUAGCACCAAAAUUGAUAUCCUGUCCACCUUCUUUGGUAAUGCCGUUAAAAUCAACCGGUCCAUCUGUAGCCACCAAACCUCAGCCGUCACCAAAUACUCCGCGUUUGUUUCAACCAUUGACAAUGGCAAGGUCGCCAAUCACACCAAGUCCAAACAUAUCUCAACAACAACAGCAGAUCUGCAGACCUUGCAAUAUACCGCCACAAUCACCGAUCAGCAUGCCGAAAACAACACCAGGGACCCCAACUGCACCACAUAUAUCAUCCGUUCAAAAUGACAGCUCACUUUGUUUUAGUAAAAACAUGUCACCUCCAUCUCAAAUACCUAAACAAACCUCACAUACAUUAGAUGUUACUAAAUCACCAUUAGUCACAAGUCAAACUGCAAAAUCCCCGCUAAAAGCCCCGGAAACACCCAAAUCAUCAUCAACAAAUUACAAUGAGGGCUCAACAUCUACUAGCCCUUUUGAUCUAAACAAGCAUUUGGAAAAAAUGAAGCAGAUGAGAAAAUCGCCUAAUGCAAUGCCCUUAAAAGGAAGGGCAAUGUUUGCUGAAUCCCCCUUGGAAGAAUCAAGAGCUUCUAGUCAAUUCAUACAACCAUUUUACCAAGGAAAGGCCCAAUCUACCGAAUCAUCAGCUUACAGGUUCUCUUGUUUUGACAAUAUAUCUUCACCGGAAACAUCAAGUGGGGCUUCAUUCAGUUUUGGACCUGGAGCCAAGUCACCAACCAGUGAAACAUGCUUUAAUAUCAGAUCUGAUGUCAAAUCACCAACCAGUGAAGCUCCCUUUAAUUUGGCCUUUGAUUUUGGAUCAGGUGUCAAAUCACCUACGGGUGAUAAUAGUUUUAUGUCACUGUUUAAUGACAAUUCAAAAGUUGGGGGAACUGCAGCGGACAAUUCCAGUUUUUCCUUCAGUUUUGCUGGAGGUGACAGAGGUGGUGCCAAAUCUCCUGAACAAUCUGAUUUCACUUUUAACUUUGGUGCUUCAGAUCCCCAAAGCAAGGGCACUUUUAGUUUCUUCUAAACAUCAAGAUCUUUUUCAAGUUAGAUAAUAAACUAAUCUGUACAUAAAAACAACCAAAACUGGUUUUGUUAGAAACCAGCUAAAUGAAGGGGUCUCGAUGCUGUAUUUAAGAAUCUUGUAUAUCAGUUUCAUUCAUAUGACAAUUAACUACUAUUAACUUUAAUUGCACAGUGCAUUAAAUUAUUAAUUUAAUCA